GCAAACCCUGUUGGUGACACUUGGCACAUUCUUCCUGAGUGCAGCAGCACGCCCUCCUUGUGCAAGAACACAGAGCCCCAGGUGCAGGAGGCUGAGGCCUGCAGAGGGACCUGCAGAGAGACCCAGCAAGCCAUGGUGUUUCCAUGGAGAUGUCAGGGCACUCAGUGGGGCUCCUGGAGCAUCCUCAAGCUGUGGUUCUGGGCACUGUUCUGUUGCGAUUUCCUGACACACCAUGGGACUCACUGUUGGACUUACCAUUAUUCUGAAAAAUCCAUGAACUGGGAAAAUGCUAGAAAGUUCUGCAAGCAAAAUUACACAGAUUUAGUUGCCAUACAAAACAAGAAAGAAAUUGAGUAUUUAGAGAAGACAUUACCCAGAAACCCUACUUACUACUGGAUAGGAAUCAGGAAAAUUGGGAAAACGUGGACAUGGGUAGGAACCAACAAAAGUCUCACUAAAGAAGCAGAGAACUGGGGCGCUGGGGAGCCAAACAACAAGAAGUCCAAGGAGGACUGUGUGGAGAUCUAUAUCAAGAGGAAACAAGACUCUGGGAAAUGGAACGAUGACGCCUGCCACAAACGAAAGGCAGCUCUCUGCUACACAGCCUCUUGCCAGCCAGAGUCUUGCAAUGGCCACGGAGAAUGUGUGGAAACUAUCAACAAUCACACGUGCAUCUGUGACGCAGGGUAUUAUGGGCCACAGUGUCAGUAUGUGGUCCAGUGUGAGCCUUUGAAGGCCCCCGAGUUGGGUACCAUGGACUGCACUGACCCCUUGGGAGACUUCAGCUUCCAGUCGCAGUGCAUUUUCAACUGUUCUGAGGGAAGAGAUCUACUUGGGAUUGCAGAAACACGGUGUGAAGCAUCGGGAAACUGGUCAUCUCCAGAACCAAUCUGCCAAGCGACUAGGUGCAUACCUCUGGCAGCACCGGAUCUGGGGGCUAUGGAAUGCAGUCACCCCCUGGCCCACUUCAGUUUUACAUCUGCUUGCACCUUCAACUGCUCGGAGGAAACUGACUUAAUUGGCGAGAGAGAAACUGUCUGCGGAUCAUCAGGCAACUGGUCUAGUCCUAGUCCAAUAUGUCAAAAGACAAACAGAAGUUUCUCAAAGAUCAAGGAAGGCGACUACAACCCCCUCUUCAUUCCUGUAGCUGUCUUGGUCACGGCAUUCUCAGGGUUGGCAUUUAUCAUUUGGCUGGCAAGGCGCUUAAAAAAAGGCAAGAAAUCUCAGGAAAGGAAGGAUGAUCCGUACUGAUUCACCCUAGUCGUGAGGUACUAAAAAAAAAGCAUUGGAAAAUAACUUCAACUCCUCCUGUGAAGAUUUUACACACAGGCAUCUCCUGUGUUAGAAAUGCAGUGUUUGUACCCAGAAGGAUGUCUACAUGACCAACAGCUCCCCCUAACCUCCUCUCGCACAUUUAUCCCAUUAACCUGAUCCCAUAAUUUGUGUCUAUAGAGAUCAGUAUUUUAUCAUCUUUUUUGUGGAAGAACAAAUAAGACUAUUGAGCAACAGAGUUACUGUAGAAUAGAAAGAUAUCUGCUUUUUCUCUUUUCUAACUCUUGUUUCCUAUUUCAGUACCAAAUGCAAUACAUGUGUAAUUGAAAACUCAGAUUCCUUAGACAUAGUAUGUAUCCUAUGAUAACGUCGAAAAAAAUCUUUGCUUUCCACCUCUAAAGAACAGUGCUUUAUUCAAGUUGGGAAAGUCCUUCUUCCUCUGUAGGCCCGCAUCUGAGUGGCAGCCACUAUAGCCGUUCGCAUUAUCCUCCCCCAUCUCCUUUUCUUAAGUGGCUAAAUUCCACAUACGGCUCUCCAUGAUAGCCACCAAACAUCAAAGAAGAGAAAAUGUCCUACACUGAGUUUUAGUUUCUAGUUUUCCCAUCUCUUUAUUAGAGCUCUCUAGGCUCCUUGAAGUCAGUGUUCUGAUGAUUAUUAAUAGUUACUGAUAAUACAACUCUCUUGGAGCUGAUGUUAUGAAGACAACUUAAAACAUGUAGAAAGAUUCCUGGGCUCAUGCUGGAGUGAUACCCUUCCUUUCCCCUUCCAUCUCCUACUCAGAUACCUAAAUUCUGUUCUUUAAGAGGACAGCUGUCCCUAACCUUUGCCACUUAUUUUAUAACUUGCUCCUUAACUCGCCCAACCCAUAGGCUAUCUCAUUUUCUGGCUUCACUCUGCAAGAUCUAUAACAUGAUGCAUUUAAAUACAGCCCCAUUUUUUAAAAUGUUACUUAGUCUGUUUGUGCAGCAGAUUAUAUAUUGUUUUGGUUUUCCUAGAUGAAACUGUACCCUUCUUGAGGGGAGAGACUGUGUCAGAUCUCUGGAGUUCCUAGUUUGUUAAUUGACCCUUGGUAAAUUUGUCUGGUCACAGUCGGGUGAAUGAAGCUGUGUGAGGAGAUUUCUGAGAGCUUGUGAGAAAACACCAAGCAAACAAGACGGGGAUUUGUUCUUGGAAUGGGCUUUUGUGCCCUUCCCAGAUGUGCAUGGAGUGGUUUUACUUCAGAUUAUCCAUCAGUUACCAAGAGAAUUUAUAUGAUGUUUGCAAGCACAGGUUAUGCUCCUGACUUGAAUUAUGGCUUGAACUAAUGUGAUCUUGCCCUCAGCACUGUACAAGCUGAAACUUAUGUGACUUUGCCUAAAUUUAUGUGACCUUCCUUAAACUCAUGUGAUCUUCCCUAAACUCGUGUGACCUUGCUCUCGGACUGUAUACAGCUCAAACUCAUGAAUUUUGCUUAUACAACUUUCCCUAACCCUCAGAAUAAAAAAUUUCUGGUGCCCUGAAUAAAGAUGGCUAUUGCAUGA